UUCAACUUUCGUAAAUUUAAACAAAAUAUGAUUAUAGUCUCUUACUAAAAUGUGAAAUACCAGUAAAAAUAAUAUACUAAUACGAUAAACGAUAUCUUUUACUGUGUAAAAAAUGGAUACGCCAUUAGAAGAUAUAUUAUAUGAAUCAGUUCUAAUACGAGAUCAACGUUCUAUAUUAAAUUUAUUAUCACAAGGUGCUAAUCCAAAUAAAGUAACAAGUCAUGGAAAAACAUGCCUGGGAGAAGCUGCAUAUAUUGGCAACAUGAGGAUUGUAAAAAUAUUGAUUGAUGCCUGGAAAUCCACUUGUGUACCAAAUAAAUCUGAAAUUCAUUCUAAGAAGAAAAAUUAUAACUUACACAAGAGAAAGCUUCAGAGUGUAGGUCAUCAAGAUGCAACAAAUGUUAAGUGUAAAAAUGUUAAUGACAAAACACUUAAAGGUGAAACUUCAAAUGAAAAUAUGUCAUCAUUACAAGAAAGCCAUCAAUCUGAACAUAAUCAGGGCUAUUUCGUUUUUAUACAUAAUGAAAGUUCCAGCAGUGAUGAGGGUAAAAAGCCUACAAAGUCACCUGUCAGCCCUACUGCCUCAGUUUUAACCCUUCAACCUGAAUUAGAGUGGGACGAAGAAAUAGUUAAUGUUGCGCCUACUACUAGUGAAGAUGAAACUUGGUCCUCUAUGUAUAAAUGGUAUGCUGACAUAUUGGAAAGUACAGGUUCAGCUAUUGCCUCCGCUACAGUAGUUUCAAAUGGAAUUGAUCAGCAUGAUGCUUUUAUGAGGACGGCUUUGCAUUAUGCUGCUGAGCAAGGCUAUGGAGGAAUUAUUAAAUUAAUAUUAGAAGCUGGUGGUAAAAUAGAUGUAGCUUCUGGUGAUGGACUAACAUCUUUACAUAUUGCUGUAAUGAGAAAUCAUAAAGAUAUAGUGGUACAACUUUUAGCAGCUGGUAGUCAUGUUAAUUAUAAAAGUCAUGAAAAAACAACACCUCUACAUUUUGCAGCAGCCAGAGGGAAUUUGGAAUUGGUUAAGAUUCUAGUCAGUAAUGGUGCUUACUUAGAGGCACGGGAUACAAGUGAACGCACACCCUUAUAUUAUGCAGCUGGAAGAGGUCAUUUGGAUAUUGUCAAGUUUUUUAUAACUCACGGGGCAAAUGUCAACGGAGAGGAAAUCCACGGUUACACACCACUAUGUCAGGCAGUGUGGCACAGACAUACUAAAAUUGUUGAUAUCCUCCUAGCCAGUGGAGCUAGGAUAACACAUUCACACAAACUUUUACACAAUGCAAUUUUUCAUCAUCAGGAAGAGAUUGUCAAAAUGCUUGCAAAUAUGGGAGUUGGUAUUAAUUUGCACAAUGAUAAUGGAGACACUCCAUUGUUAUUAUCAGCUAGAUUAUCACAGCCUGCCAUUGCUCUAAUCCUAUUACAAAAAGGUGCAAAUGCUAAUUCUUGCAACAGUAUAACUUGGGCCAACGCACUACAUAUCGCUGUGGAAAGUGUUAACUACUACACGGACUUUGAAGAUCUACUUGUGAGUUUGAUGGAUCAUAAUAUUGAUUUAAACUAUACUGCACUUACAGGAGAUACUGCUCUUAAUAGAGCUUUGCUCCUUCACAGGGAUUGUGCAGCUUCUUUGUUAAUACGUCAUGGUGCUGACGUAAAUGGAUGUGACUUGCGUAUAUGUGGCUUAGAUAAUUUAUCGAUAGCUAGUAGAAGACGAACAUCAAAAAUCGCGAAUCUGCUCAUAAAAGCAGGACAUCAUAUUCCUGUGUCAGAUCCAAAUUCUCCAAUACCAAACCCAAAUACUACAUUACAUUGGUUGUAUUAUAUGUGCAGGGAGCCACUCAGUUUAUUGGACAUUUGUAGGAUAAGAAUAAGGAAUUGUUGUGAAAAUAUGCCUAUGCAUCGUUAUAUCAGUUCAUUAUAUUUACCUAACAGCUUAAAAAGAUUUCUUAUGUUAGAAGGUGAAGAUUAAUUUAGUAUUAUUGUAAUAGAACAAUAUAAAAUAUACAUUUGCAAAUGUAUGUGUGUUAUACUAGAAUACUUGUCUAUUUACCUAAAUGGAUUUUGAUUGUUUUUACAAACAAUCGUGUAUUAUUUGAAAUUAGGUUUGUAGUGCCUAGUCAAGUUUAUUAGAUCAAUGUCUAUAUACCAAAUGUAGCAUAUAAUAGAAGACUAUAUAAAAUAUUUAACUAAAUAAUUCUAAAUUAUUGAAUGUACUGAAUAUUUAUUAACAAAAUUAAUAAAUAUGCAAUACAUUAUAAAGUGAUACUUUGCAAUUGUCAGUAAUAUUAUAUAAUACUCUUUUUCUAUUACAUUGUAUACAUUCCACACUUGAUAUGAAAAAAUAAAAUAAAAGGUUUUCUUUUUUUUUUUUAAUUAAGAUCAAAUCUAGAUAUACAAAGGUGUACAGUAGUGAAAAUAUAAACAUUUUUUAUUAAGGAAACUACAUCUAGUGAUAUAAUAUAGUAAUUUAUGAUUUUUUCUAGAUGAAAUGUUUUUUUUUU